CUUUCUUCAACGUACGGCCCCGACAUGUUCAAUUGGCAAUCUUCUCGCCAACCACCUAAUGGCUCUGUUCUAUUAAGCGCACAGAAUGUACUCGACAAAGGCCGACGUCGCACACUGGCUUUUAUCUAUCACCGACUUAAAGCACGAUCCUCUUCCCCUCCCGACCGAGUCCGGCCUAGUUAACUACGAAAGUCGGCAGCGUAAGCGACGGAAGCUCGACACUCAUCGACACGAGCUUCUAUCGCCACCGCCUUCGGAACUCUCAAGGACCGUGGCCGACAUGUCUCAAUCCUCCUCUAAGAGACCACGAGAUCCCGAGGACCCUAUUAACAAUACUCACGAUACUUUUUCUAAUACGCAAUCGAACGAAGCAUAUAAUCAAACCACUCCACGCCCCAGCCGCUUCCAACAAAAUCAAACUAUAGAACCUAUUCUAGUCUCGGCUGGUUCCAGCUAUAGCAGCCAGUCGUAGAUAUCGAGCGCUUCGAGCCAGUCAGCACCUAUGUUAAAGCGUCCAAAAUCGGUGUCAAGCCGAUCAUCUCCCUCGCGACAAAUCCGCAAUACCGAAAUAAAUCAAAUAGGAUUUAGGAUAGGGAGCUUUCUAUAAGAUACUUACCCCGAAUCUCUCUAUAAUUUACGGCUCGAGCUCCGCGACAUCGGGCUAGGGCAUAGAGUUCUACUAGCUUUACUCGAGAAUAAGAUACGAUAGGCCGAUUCCGA